AGCCCUUACAUGAUUCAUUAGCCACUGAGUUAGUUCUGUUCUCAGUAAUUCAGCAGCAUGACUGCAGUCGUUUGCCUCGAGUCGGAUUCCCAGCUGUAUCGUCGUCGCAAGAACAUGCACAGCCUUUCCGUAGACCUCGCGCGCGUUCCUCGCUUCGAUCACCGACGGUUGGCUUCAUCGCAUGAACUUACACCCUUCUCCUCUCUCCUCCGCGGCGAAGUUCACGCUCUUCCCCACGAUGCGCCAUCAUCGCAUGCAUCCACUGCCGCGUCUCGCCGCCCCCUGCUCUCGCGCAGCCCAAAUCCCGCCGCACCUCGCUCGGCGGUUCGUCCGGUUCCUGUGCGCGCGUGUAUACUGACGCAUGCCACGCGCCCGUGUCCACGUCACCGACAUCGUGGCAGCCGCGCUCCCCCACGGUCGUGCGCAGCCCGCACGCGGAGAUCAUCCGCCAGCAGGCGGAGUCCGCGCAAGCGCGCGAGGCGGAGAUGGACCGCGCGUGGGAGAGCGCGGAGCGCGCAUCUGAGAGCUCAGCAGGAGAUUUCACCGCAGCCCAGCCGACAGAGAAGGAGCGCGGUCAGCAUGCGGCCAGCUGCGACGGCGAAAAUCGCCGCGGCGACGAAGAAAUCUCUCCUAGAAGCUUAGCGCUGAAGCUUUGCUCUUCCAAAUUCGGGUGGCGCACGUUUCUCUCCCCUGCUGCUUCGCGUCUCGCAUCACAGCCGACGAAUCUGAGCCGUCCGAGUCAAGGCGGCGGCGGCGCGCGAGAUAUGCAUGGUCCGGGAACCAAGGAGGCCUCGAGAAGUUUCCGUGAAAUGCUGCGGGAGCUCCAACGCGGCGUCGAGUCGGGCGCGUGUGAGAAUACCUUUUCCGCCAUCGGCGCACCGUCUGCGUCAUCGGCGCAAAGAGAUGCGACAAUUGACGCGCCUCCGAGCCUUCAUCGGUGCGCUCGCUCGCUUACCAGCAUCUCCGCCCAAGAUGUUUUCCCCAUCGGGGAGAUUUUUCCCGAGGCAUCAUCCGCUGUUGCUUCAAACAACGGCGCAUCCGUCGGCAUUGCCGACGCGGUGCGCGCGGCUAACUCAGACUGCGGAAGUAUUUUGACUCGGCCGCAUUUUUUCGUGGCGGAUGCGUGCGAGGAGCAAGGCAUCAAGCGAACGGGAUUGGAAGGAGUGCGAGAGGACGACUUGACGGAUGACAACGGCGAUCAAGAUCGACGCCAAGCGACUCCCACAGGGUUUAAUGCGCGGUUUCAAGGCCCGCCGAUCGGCUCGAAUAUGCUUCACGCUCCGCGCGCUGGUGAAGCCGUCGGCGCUGGUCGCCGGCUGGUCAAGCAGUGGGGAAGCGCGAACUCGAUUCCUUUGUCACCUGCUGCCCAAUCCCAGCUGACCUACCGCUCUAAGAAUUGCUCGAGCGCUAAUAGCCUAAGACCGGAUUGCCUUAGUCCU